CGCAGACGCUACCGAACGCCGGUACGGUGUGUACGGUGUCACCGGACUUGAUAUUUCGCACGAGCAUUUCUCACAGUACCGAUCUCGUCGUCGUCGCCGAGACACUAGACGACGGGGAUUUUGCACGCUCGUGUUUAUUCCCCCGGCUCUCACGCCCUCGACGAUCUUUCAUAUCGUUUUAUCGGUAGUGUAUCUUUCGUAGCGGUUCGGACUCCAUGUCGUUCGGAUAAAGGGCCGCAUUUACGUCGCGAGUCCUAGUUCAUCAACGCUCUUCUUCCGAAGCCCUCUUUCCCCAAUCGGCAGUUCAAAUGCACCUUAAUAUUCGAUCACUGCGAUUCAGAGACUAAUAAAUUUCAUUGGCUUUACGAGGCGAAUCGAACUUUCGGGUUUUCUAUCGUUCACGCGACAUGACCCAUCGCCCUCGGUGUUGCUGACCUCCCACGCGAGAUCCGAGAUCUCGCCCAAAAACUCCCAUCCGAACGCGAUUCCUAUCCAGUAUCAAUAAAGUGCCGGACUAUUCCAUCCGGUCGGCAGACCAAUCUUGACGGUAAUAUCGAUCGUAAGCUUCGGAAAAUUCUAAUUGAAAUCGAAGACUGUACGCCCCACGGAAAUUCGCGACGCGCGAAAGUUCGCGAGGCGAUAUGGGCGGUAGUAAAAAUGUGUUUAUUAAGAGUGCGGUGAUCCUCGUCGUCCUGGGUGUCCUCGCUGUCAACGGACAUGAGAACGACGAUCUAGUUUUCGACCAGGAUGGAAAGAAUCCAGGGAUCGAGGUACCCUUGAUCCAGAGGCAAAAGCAUUCGUCGUUCUUUCAAAGGAUAAAGCGGGGAGUGUGGGAUUGGUUUUCUGCACCGACCACGAGCACGGAGUCACCGAAAACUGAAAAUGAAACAACAACAGCAACGGUAGAGAAAGAACCAGUGGCGACACCGAAUCGGACCAAAACCAAAGACAUUCUCGACUUGUUCGGCGACGAUUCGAAAGAUCGGAAGCCUCGCGCGAGCGACGAAGAAAAUAUCAUCGAGCAUGAAAAUUCUUCCCCCAAAAAUGAUAACGAUAAUGACAUUGGUGAGUUCGCGGCUGGUCAUACGGACGACGAAGAUCUUGCCGGUUCCGGCGAAGUUGAGGGGAGUGCUGUCGAUGGCGACGGUUGGGUUACAGAGUCGCCGAGAGUCGGUGGACAAGCUCGCUUUUACAGAAUAACGCUAACGGUUUUGGAGCCGUUCAGGGAAGAAUACCGCGACAGAAACAGCGAAGAGCACAAAGAACUGGCCGGUAGUUUGGUCAAAGGGAUCGAAGAUUUAUACCGUCAAAAAAUUCCUGAUUACGAACACUUUGCAAACGUCGUUAAGAUCGCACGACUGGAGGACGCGUUCACGUCCGAGGUGACCCUCGACAUUGGUUCGACAUUUGGGGACGAGGCUGAAGUGCGGAAUAUUCUCGAAAGGCAAUUGCUGUUUCACACGUUGGGUGGCAUCCCGGUUGACUCGAAGGGCUUUACGUUCAGAAAUUUCCAAGGCCCAGGCGUUGAAGGCGAGUGCGAUGAGAACACAGAGCUCAGAUGCCGGGACGGUUCUUGUGCCCCGUUGAACUCACGCUGCGACAAUGAAUAUGAUUGUGCUGAUGGUUCCGAUGAGUUUGAUUGUCCUCAGUACACACUGGUCGGUGAAAACCAUCCUGAAGAAAGUGAAGAAGUAACCCCGAGACCGGUGGAUUCACCUACCGUUGGCAAUAAUUCAGGACGCACCGAGUGUCGGGGCGACGAUUAUGCUGUGGCUUGUACCGACGGUAGUCGGCAUAUUUGCACUUUGCAAAAGUGCGACGGUGUUCAGGAUUGUGACGACGGAGCUGACGAGGAAGGAUGUUCUUCGUCAGGUUGCGCAAGCGGCGAAUUCGUGUGUGACGUCACUCGGUGUAUCCUGGACUCUCAACGUUGUGACUUUAGUGUCGACUGUGAGGACGGAAGUGACGAACAAAGUUGCACCUAUCCGAUUUGUACCCAGAGCGAAUUCAAAUGUCGCAACAGCCAGUGUCUCGAAGCCAGCCUGCGCUGCAAUGGAAUCAACGACUGUCGUGACGGCUCUGACGAAAUCAACUGUCCGUGCAAAGACGACCAGUUCGAGUGCACUCCACUAUAUUGCAUAUCAGCCGAGUUGAGAUGUGACGGUAUCCAUCACUGUUCCAACGGUCAGGACGAAAAGGACUGCGAGCAAACAAAUCCACGAUGUAGACAAGAUGAAUUCGAAUGCGACAAUGGCAACUGCAUCAACAGUCGUCUCAGAUGCGAUGGCCGAAGUGACUGUUCCGAUCGCUCUGAUGAACGCAAUUGCACUGUGACCACGUGCACCAGCGAUGAAUUCCGGUGUCAGGAUGGCACCUGCCUUGGCAUUGAAAAGCGUUGCAACGGUCAUCACGAUUGUAGAAACGGCGAAGAUGAAACUCAGUGCGGUUGCGGAACUUCGGAGUUUAUCUGCGAGGAUGGACAGUGCAUACCGUACAAAUUGCAAUGCAAUGGGGUGAACGAUUGCAGAGAUGGUUCGGACGAACGUGAUUGUGAAAAUGUCAUUCGGCAAGAUUUCGAUAACAUCAAUCCGCUCGAUAGACGAAUUGGAAUAAUUACGACCGAGGGAACAAAAAAGAAGGAAAGAUUUUAUAAUCCUGAUCGAAGUGCACGAAUAAAGGAAGACCCUGCCAAGAUUUCAUCGAUUUCAACUGGAUUCGAGAUCCCCUCGGCUGGCGAUUUUGGCGAUCCGAAUAUCGCAGCUUAUCCCGAAUUCGGUCUCAUGGUGGAGAAACUAUUCAAUACGCACGAAACUAAUGACGCCAGUACGUUGAACAAGGAUUGGGAGUACAUCGAAUUUAAAGACCCUGGCAACAGGCAAAAACUCACCAAGAGCAAAACCGUCGCGAGAAACGCAGAACGCGAUAUAGAGGCCACGUUAUUCAAUGGAAUAGUAACCAUCGGAACGGAUUAUUACGAAGGUCUUGACUACGACGAAGAUACCACUUCGAGUGCCACAGAGAAAACAGAAAUGAGAACAAUAUCGGGAUUGUACAAAAACGAUUUAGUGGAUGGCGCGUCUGCUGCAGCCUCGUCACCAAAGUUCCUUCUUUCUGAUCGAGCCACAGUGACUGCGGAAUCCUCGGAUUCUUCUGGACUGAUAGACGAAACGUUUGAUUCAGGAAAAUUAAAAAACUUACGAAAAACGGAACGCAAUACAAAAUCUGACAGAGUUUAUGACGCGAAUGCAACGUUUCUUCAUUCCAAUUUCAACUCAAGCAAAAACGUAUCGGAUGGGAUCAUCAAACCAUCAACAAAAAGUCCAAUUUCUCUGAACACCGAUGACUCGAAGGAGGAGACAAACUCCUCACAAAGAGUCAGUCAAUCGAUAGAUGUCCACGAAACUGGUCAAAGCAAUGGUAAUUCUAGCAAUGAGCUGAGUGAUAACACACGACGCGUUACAGUUGGUUUCUCGAAUGCAACAACCGAAAGAGCUCUAAUACGAUACUUCAAAAAAUAUAACGUAACUCGCCGGAUACCUGAAUCAACUGAGCCACCGUUAGGAUCUCAUAACCGCAGUGCCAGCCUUAAAUUAUCCAUGAAUUCAUCGACGCCAACGAGUGAAAUGGAGGACGGCGGUAAAUUGAAUCGUUCGAGUAAAGUUUUAGGAAUUCCUCAAUCGAUGGAUAUUUUCGAUGAAAAUUUGCCUUCGAAAAACUUUCUGGAGCAAGAAAAUGCUUCGACAGUUGCGACUACCAGGGGACCGUCUUUCGAGACUUCUAGAAAUCCUGCAAGAGCAAAAAAGUUGAAAAAUUUUUAUUUCUACAUGGACAAAUAUAACGUGACGAAGUCUCGAAAAUUAGGGACUCCGGACGAUAUCGAAACACCGGCAGCCACAAAGGCCUCGUCAGUGGAACACAUCGGAGCCGCAAACAAUGGGACUGAUCAGCUAGGAAAGAAAAAAGAAUCAUUGAAACUGAAAGACACGAAAGAUCCGAAACAUCGUGAAAAUCGUGGCAAAACCCGGGUUUCCAAAGAUGGAAGGAGGCGUAAAAACAACAAGAAGAAAUCAGACCCAUACAAGAACGUGAAAGUGGAAACAGAAUUAUUCGAAAAGAAUCACGUUGAGCUUCCGAAAAGAUUGAGAUUGAACGUCACGGAGAAAAUCAGAGGAGAGGACAAAAAAGCUGCUCCCGUAAUAAUCUCCCGAGGCAAUGACAACGACGACACUGACGAUUGCAGUCGCGUCUGUUUCAAGUGUUUACUAAAAUUCAACGCGAAGAAAGCAACGACUCCGAAAUCCUCGAUCUUAACGGAGCCAAUAUUCGAUGUAAAAUCCAUCGAAAACGUUGAUUCAGGCUUGACAGAGACUAGCGACAACGAGAUGAUCACGAAUUCUAAUGUUCAAACGAAUUCUAUCGAUUCCAACGAAGCCGAAUGGAUCGAGAUUUCUACCACGACGAAAAAAACUCGUCAACGUAAGAAAUCCAGAAAAGCAACGCGAACGAGAUUCCCAACGACGACAGAAGCGAUGAAAAUACAUGGGCAAGAGUCAACCACAAACGAGCUACCAACAAAAUCAACUGCAACUCCAAAAAACAGUGCAGCCUCGAGGCGCAAGAGGGUCAGGAAUGGCAAAAGGAAUCGACGAAGGAAGACGAGCAAAAAAGUAACUACCAACACACCACUCGAAGGUCAAUCGACUAUGGGAAUUAGCGAACCUUCUCCGGGCUUGUCGACUCUUAUCAGCAUCGAUCUGAGUGAUUUUCCCUCAACGAAUAACGUCCGAACAACGGAACCACGAAUUAGCACCGAUUCUUCAACACCCUUGAGCACCGACGACCCUGAAGCUCACAACGCGACGAGCAGGACCAACAAAUUUGAGAUUAUUGCGUCAGCGUCCCAACCACCUGCACCCGAAACAACUUGCGGGCCCGUCGAUCUUGUUUGUCAAGUGCAAAAAUUUGUACGAGAUUCCAUAAUGGAAGUGGCGACGUCAACCUCGCAAUCACCGAGUACUGAAGCAACUCCCGGAACAAGGGAUGCGAAGACUCAUUCAGAAUCGACUAGCGCAGUGCCGGAGUCAGUGCAACCAUCUUCAACCCAAAGAAGCAAGGAUUGUGACGAUUUUUUUGGCGAUUGUUGGGACCGCGGAUCUUCGGAGACGCAGAGCAGUCAGACGGUGUCCGAGGAACCGGAAAGGGCAGCUCCUCUCGUCGCGACGCCAGCCAAAAAUUGCGAUUCGUUUGCUUGCUGGCUAGAAAAACUCCCGGGGUUUCGAGAAUCUUUUAAUCUCAGGGGCACUUCAACCGAACCAUCGCGCUCGGUCUCCUCGGCGGAAAGGGCCGAGGAUCACGAGCUAGAAUCCAACGAAUCUUCGGCGUGGGAAAGGCUCGAAAAAUUUCCGAGCCCCGAGACUGCAAAGGCGAAGCCCGACAAAUUAUCGACCUCCUUGAAUGAAAAUUUCAGUACGGAAAUGGACGUUUCGGAAGAAAUUGUACCGACCGAUGCGCGACCGAGUAAGUUGCUGAGCACCGUUGCGGAAAAGAGCACGCAGAGCAGCAGGUUUCCUUGGGAUCCCUGGUUCUCUGAAGUCACCAGCGAUGGGGAUUCGAAAAUCGGAGAGAAGAAAACUUUCACGAAGCUAUACGAUUCCACGGCUUCCGGUCCACCGGCACGAGCCCUCCAAAAAUCGACAAUCUAUCCGUGCCCUGAUGAUCAAUAUCGCUGCGAUCGCGAUCGUUGUAUAGAACUAGACAGAGUGUGCAACGGCAUCAUCGACUGUUACGACCGCACCGACGAGACGAUUUGUCCCAGCGGUCAAAACCGUCCCGAUUAUAUUGGCCACGGGAGCAGAGAUCGUUGCAGGAUCGACCAGCAUCCUUGUGACGAGACGAAGUGUCUCGAGAUCGAAAACACUUGCGAUGGAAUUCCCCACUGCGAGGACGGUUCCGACGAAACGGAUUGCGAGGAUUACAUCAAUCGAAGAAACGAAGUUUUGAACGAUUACAGAAACCGAUAUCGACUGAGGAAAACUGCAAUGACGAGUGUUGGUCCGCACGAGAAUCCGCGAAGGCCAACUCGAAGACGUCCCUGUCUGGAAGAAUUCGAAUACAGAUGCAAUAACGGCGAGUGCAUUGCGGAGGUCCGCCAGUGCGACGGAGUCAUCGAUUGCGUCGAUGGCGAUGACGAGGAUCCUGUCUUAUGCGGAGACCGAGAAUGUACACCUACCCAGUUCAAAUGCGGCUCAGGAGGCAAGUGCAUCGAAGGCGUCUACAGGUGCGACGGUCACCCGGAUUGUCCGGACAAAAGCGACGAGGAUUGUCCUGGCUCUUCCACUGAAAAUGUUACACACAUCGUCACUCAUAACAACACGGAAAUAACGAGGAAUCAAAUCGGCGAGAGACCCUGGACCGGGCAAAGGGAGUGCGACUUGCGUAGCGAGUUUCGUUGCGACGAUGGCUCGUGCAUCCAGCUUCGUAGGAAGUGCGAUAAUGUCUUCGACUGUCUUGAUAACAGUGACGAGAAAGAUUGCGGACUCUGCGCAAUUGAUCAAUGGAAAUGCACCAGCGGCGAAUGUAUUCCGGAAAACGAAAGAUGCGACGGAGAGAUCCACUGUCCUGAUCGAUCGGAUGAAAUCGAAUGCGUUACGGAAUGUCCGGCUGGAACUUUUCGAUGCGGCGACGGAUUGUGCCUCGACUCGAAACGACGUUGUGACGGACGUCCCAAUUGUCGCGAUGGAUCCGACGAGAUUAAUUGCCAGUCACCUUAUUGCCCGGACGGCCAAUUACCUUGCGCCAACGGAGUCUGCAUAUCGCGAAGGUUCUUCUGCGACCGGAACACGGACUGUCUUGACGGCAGCGACGAGAAAAAUUGCCCUGAUAUAAUUCCCGAUCCUUAUCCACCACCGUGUCAAAGCGACCAGUUCACGUGUAACGACGGAUCCUGUAUACCGGUAACUUCGCGUUGCAACGGUCGUGCCGAUUGUCCGAACGACGAAGACGAACACGAAUGCCGACGCGGAUGCGCUAGGGAUCAAUUCCAGUGCAGAAACGGCGACUGUAUCAACACUCACCAAAAGUGCGACGGAUUUGUCAAUUGCGAUGACGGCUCGGACGAGGAAGGCUGCGAAGCAGAUACGACACCGGCAAACCGAUAUUGUACAUCGCAGCAAUUCACGUGUGUCUCCGAUCGUACCUGUGUACAUUAUUCAUCUCGGUGCAACGGUAUCCCAGACUGUAGGGAUCGUUCGGACGAAGAAGGCUGCGAAACCGACCUCGAAACCGAAGGACUGCUUCUGAAGACAUACCCGAGCGAGCAGAUAAUCAAAGAGAACCCGGCGAAGCAAGGUCGUGAGGUUGUUUUCCAAUGUCGCGACGAGGGUCAACUCCGAGCUCAUGUACGAUGGCUGCGUGGAAAUGGCCUCCCUCUUCCUCCUGGCUCACGCGACCUCAACGGACGUCUCGAAAUUCCAAAUGUCCAACUCGAUCACUCUGGCCUUUACAUCUGCGAAGCUGUAGGCUAUUCGUCCUCGACUCCGGGUCAGCAAGUUUCCGUGCAUCUUGAAGUGGAGAAAUUCGAUCCACCGUCAACGAGGCCCCCUCAAGUGUGCAAAUACGACGAGGCGACAUGUAGCAACGGCAUGUGCAUACUAAAGUCCUUCGUGUGCGACGGUAAAUUCGAUUGUGCCGAUGGGUCCGACGAAAUGCGUUGCAGUCCCCACGGAUGCGAGCCAAAUCAGUUCCGAUGCGCGAACAAACAGUGCGUCAGUAAAAUCUGGCGUUGCGACGGUGACAAAGAUUGCGCCGAUGGCAGCGACGAGGAAAAUUGUGCACCACCACCGCCCGGAUCGCCCUGUCGUUACGACGAAUACGCGUGCUCGAGUUACGACCAGUGCAUUCCUAAAAGUUACCACUGCGACAUGGAAAGGGAUUGCCAGGACGGCAGCGACGAAAUCGGAUGCUCUCCGGUCUACAUCACGAAGCCACCGCCAGCGAUGGUGAAUCUUCAACCAGGAGAAUCGCUGAUAUUGACUUGCACCGCGAUUGGUGUGCCGAUACCGGAAAUAAAUUGGCGUUUGAACUGGGGUCACGUGCCCUCGAAAUGUUCGUCGACAUCGGUGAACGGAACCGGCACUUUGAAUUGUCCGGACAUGCAGGUUUCGGACCAGGGCGCUUAUUCUUGCGAGGCUUUGAACGUCGGCGGUUUCGUAUUCGCUGUGCCAGACGCGAUCGUCGUCAUGGAUGAGAAACCGGACAUUUGUCCUCCGGGAAAAUUCAACUCGGAAGCGCGCACACCGGAAGAGUGUAUUUCCUGCUUCUGCUUCGGCGUCGCUGACAAGUGCAAGAGCGCAAAUCUUUUCACUUAUCAAUUACCACCGCCGUUCGAUCGGUACAAGGUCGUUACCGUCGAAACGGGCCCGGAAUUGCGCAUAAAUGGAGAAAUCAAUUACCAAGUCGCUGAAGUGAAACCACGGGGAUCGAGCGGCGCCGAAAUAUCAGCGCCUUACAACACCGAGCUCACAUCCUACAACGUGCCAUACUUCGAACUUCCGGAUAGUUAUUACGGACCUAGUCAGUUGAAAUCGUACGGCGGUUAUCUCAAGUACAAGAUCUCUUACAGCGGAGACGGCUCGCCGAAUUAUGCUCCGGAUGUUAUCAUAAGCGGAAACGGGUACACGCUCCUCCACCGCGGCCAACCCGUUCAACCGGAUAUCACCACUGAACGUUCGGUCAGAUUUUUCUAUGGCGAGUGGUUGAAGAACGAGAGAGGUCAGGAAAUACCAGCGAGCAGAGAAGAAAUCAUGAUGGUUCUUCUGAAAGUCGAACACAUUUUGAUUAAAGCCAAAUACGAAGAUUCACCCGAGCUGCAAGUCACGAUCACAGACAUCACGAUGGACACCGCUGACAAGGGAAACAAUGGCUUGGUCGCGUCUUAUGUCGAGGAAUGCACAUGCCCCACUGGCUACUCUGGCGAAUCUUGCCAAAAUUGCGCAAACGGUUAUUUGAGACGAAAGAGCGGUUCUUGGCUCGGCGAGUGUUACAGGGACGUUCCACCGUGUCCCCCUGGAUAUUACGGCGAUCCCUUGAGAAAUAUUCCGUGCACGGCGUGUCCAUGCCCACUGACCAAUCCAGCCAAUCAGUUCGGUCGGACUUGCCGGCUCGGUGCUGAUCGUAAUCCCAUCUGUGACUGCCCUCCGGGUUACAUCGGUCAUCGAUGUGAACAAUGCGCUGCCGGAUAUCAUGGAAAUCCUCUCAUCCCCGGUGAUAUGUGUGUACCCGAUGAAUUGUGCGAUCCACACGGAAGUAUUAACCCGACCGCUGAUGCCGACGGAAAAUGCCAUUGCAAGCUAUUCGUAACUGGCCUUAAAUGCGAUCAAUGCAAGGCCAACACGUUCAAUCUUGCAUCGAAAAAUCAAUUCGGGUGCAUCAGCUGUUUCUGCAUGGGGAACACGGACAAAUGCACUUCUUCCAACUGGUAUAGAAACGAGAUUCGAGUAUCCUUCACUAAUUCGAUAAGAGACUUUACUCUCGUGGAAUCGAACGCACCAAAUGCCCAACGGAUCGUCCAAGGGAUUCGUCUCGACACGAUAAGCCGCGAAAUAGUUUAUUCAGCUUUCCCGAAUCGUGGCAAUACCGACGUUUAUUACUGGCAACUGCCGGCGAUUUUCCUGGGCAACCAAAUAGCUUCGUACGGUGGUGACCUCCGCUACACCCUCAGAUACAUUCCGUCUCCCGGUGGACAAAGUUCAAGAAACAAUGCUGCUGAUGUUGAACUCAUCAGUGAAAAUCAUAUAAACUUGCUCUACUUCUCGAGGGAAACGCACGAAGCCAAUUUAGCGCAAUCCUUCACGGUACCGUUGCUCGAACAGUAUUGGCAACGCGCCGAUGGGACUCAAGCCGACCGAGAACAUUUGCUUAUGGCUCUCGCUGACGUUCGGGAAAUCAGGAUCAAAGCGACUUACACAACGCAUACGGAGGAAGCUGCACUCUCGUUCGUUUCUCUCGAAACCGCAGAGAAACAAAACAAUGGCAAUGAGAGAGCGGUCGAAGUCGAAGAGUGUAAUUGCCCUAUCGGUUAUCGAGGACUUUCCUGCGAGGAUUGUGCCGUCGGUUACACGCGAGUGGCGCGCGGUAUUUAUCUAGGAUUCUGCGAACCAUGCUCUUGCAACGGUAAUUCGAACCAGUGUGAUCCCGAAACUGGAAUUUGCGAGUACUGCGGCAAUCAUACAACUGGUGACAACUGUGAGCUCUGUGAACCCGGAUACGAGGGCGAUCCGACCCGAGGUGGAUGCACGAGGAAGGACAACAAUCCUGGUCAUUGUCAAUGCAACUCAGCCGGAUCAAGAAGCGAGCGUUGCAUAGACGGUAGAUGCGAAUGUAAAGCGAACGUUGAAGGUGCCGAAUGCAAUCGUUGUCGGCCAUCGACCUUCGGUCUUGCCGCUGAAAAUCUGAACGGAUGUAACGAGUGCUAUUGCAGUGGUGUGACCAAUCAGUGCCACGAAAGUUCUUUGUACAUACAACAAAUACCCAUGGUCGUUUACGACUCGCGUCACGGCUUCACUCUCACCGAUCCAACGAGGAAAGAUGUAAUCGACGAUGAAUUCGAGCUUAACUUGGCGUCGAACGAAAUUGGUUAUCGCUACUCCCACAAUCGUAAUCGACGACUUUUCUGGUCGCUUCCGCCUGCGUUCACCGGUAACAAAGUCAAAAGUUACGGAGGAAGUCUCACCCUGACUCAGCAUAUAACAGCUUUACCGAACUCUCAAAUUCUCAAGGAUCAAGAUGUUUUGCUGGAGGGUAACGGAAUUCGACUUUUCUGGACGAAUCCCCAGGAAAUUGUUCCUGGCAUUCCUCUGACGUACACCGUUGUGCUGAGAGAAUCGGAAUGGCGCAGGCUCUCGACCGAAGGCCCUCGUCGCGCAUCUCGUAACGAUCUUAUGACAGUAUUGUCGAAUCUCGAAGCUAUCCUCGUUCGUGCAUCGCACAGCGAAGGAAUGACGGCAACUUACAUAAGCGAUAUAAGUCUCGACACCGCCGUUGAAAUCGUGAGCGGAAGACGAGCAACCCAGAUCGAAGCUUGUCGUUGUCCACCAGGAUACAGUGGUACGUCUUGCGAGACUUGCGCUCGCGGUUAUUACCGAGAUAUCAAUGAUCGAUCGGUCAGCAUCCUUGGAUCUUGUGUCCUUUGCCCGUGCAACGAUCACGAAGAGAGCUGCGAGCUCAGUCGAUCUGACCAGGUCAAAUGCCACUGUCUCUUGGGAUAUACCGGUCAAUACUGCCAGGAUAUUGCCGAACUAAGGGUAGGUUUAAUGCCGAUCAAGGCCCAAGCACCGAGGAAGUCCGUCGUGCAUUUCACGUGCUCCUACGAGCACGAUGACGAACUGUACAUAUACUUUAAAUUGGUGAAUUAUAAUGGAUUGCCGUUGACUGCAUGGGCAAUGGCGCCUGGUCCGAUAGUUCCAACUGAGAAAGGGGCUCUUCGGGUGUGGGAUGUACACGUGGGAGAAAAACCCUGCACCAUCGAGUGCGUUGUGACCGAUAGGCAGGGAAAAGAACUCGCCAAGAUUUCUACUACGCUCUCACCAGUCGAUUAUCCUCCAACACCACGUCCAGUUCCUACGCCUACGAUCAUACCACCGAGAAUCAUCGUCAGCAUUCAGGAGAAGAAAUUCCAAAUAGUCCACACCGGAAGUACCGUUCGUUAUCACUGUAACGGAAGAUCCGUGGACAACUCCCCGCUCAAUAUUCGCUGGAUCAAAGAAGGCAGUCCCCUGCCCGAGCUCAGCGUGGACGAUGCUCGGGGUCUCCUCGUCCUCAGAAACGUCAGAGUUUCUGACAGCGGUGUUUACGUUUGUCAAGUCAGCGACGGAGUUUCCUUGGCUGUGGAAAAAGUCACGCUCACGGUUGGAGCUUUCCCCCAAAGCCUUUUGGACAUACCAGGAUCAAAUCCAGUUGCACCGAGAGUUGUCAUACACCCGCAAUACAACCGCGUAGUGGAAGGUGGUUCGUUACAAUUUACUUGCGAAGCAACCGGCAACCCUCAGCCGGAAGUCGAAUGGGUUCGAGUUAAAGGCCGCAUGAAUCCGCAGUCAACUUUCCAAAACGGUGUGUGGCAGUUAUCGACUGUAACGAUGGAGGAUGCUGGAGAGUACAAAUGUAUUGCGAGAAACGAAGUUGGGGAUCGGGAACACAGUGCAAUGGUUUAUGUUCUGGAUGCCCCUCGACCAAACCCCGAUUUUGAUCUCCGACCAACAAUAACACCGACUUAUUGGAUCGGUAAUGCCGGCGAUCCUGUGAAGUUGAUAUGUACGAAAACGCCUAAUCAUGUGAGAGUCUCGUGGGCUCGAUUCGGUUCUUUGCCGCUACCGAUUUCAGCAUCCGAACGCAACGGCGUUUUGUCGAUCGCAAAUCCGAUUGAGAACGACUCGGGACGUUACAUAUGCAUAGCAACGAGUCUCCAGGGCAUCGAGUACAGCUCUUACGUAAACGUAACGAUUCAUUCAAGAACACAGCCGAACGUCCGCGUCGACCCCGAUCGACAAACCGUCUCGCAAGGCACUUCCGCCGAAGUCCGAUGCAUCGCCGACCGCGAUUCCGGGCUGCAAAUAAAAUGGAUCAAAUAUGGAGAAACUUCGCUUGGCCCCAACGCUCGUCAAAUCGGCGACUCUCUUGUGCUCACGAAACCUCAAGUCGCUGACCGAGGCGUUUACAUCUGUCGCGCUAGCAACGCCGCUGGCAGUUACGAAGCCAGCACUAUCAUCGAAGUUGAACCUCGGGAAGUUCCGAUUCUGGAAAUCUACCCGAAAACAUCACAAGUCGUAAACCUCGGUGGUUCGUCGGAUCUUCAGUGUCGAGUCGCAGCUGGAUUCCCAAUACCCGAAGUACACUGGAGUCGCGAUGACGGUCGUCACUUCGGUUCGAACAUUGAACAAUUGCCCGGAGGUGUAUUGAGGCUCAUCAAUAUCACGCUCGCCGACGGUGGUGCCUAUAAAUGUUCAGCGUCAAACAUCGUCGGUUCGACGAGCGCUAUCGCACGUAUCGAAGUUCAGGCGAUGCCAACCAUCACGAUCUUACCAGCAGGCGGUCUUAUAUAUGCAAAACCAAACUCGAGAGUCAGAUUGACUUGCACUGCGCAGGGAAUACCACCACCGAACGUCGCCUGGCUAAAAUCAACCCCAGGAGUCUCUGUUUAUAACUUCGCCGCCAGAGGAUCAGAUUCCAGUCAUUUAAGUGCUGUACACGAAAUCAUGUCUAUGUCAUCAAAAGACGAAGGAUCGUAUACUUGUCAAGCUGUCAAUGCCGCCGGAAUAACUGAAAAACGUGUUCAAAUACGGCUCGAGGAAGAUAAUUCUGUUCCUGAACCCUGUCGAGGUGAUGUGCCCUGCGAUGAUGAAGACGGCCACUCAGGAAGCGUCGGCGAUAACAAGCCUGGCGUGAGAAUACCCGAGGAUUAUCUGAGAAUUCCAAAUGGCGGGCGAGUUGAAUUCCGUUGUAACGUUUUUGUACCCGAUGGCUCGCAAAUUUAUCUCGAUUGGAAGAGAAGCGAUCGAAGACCACUUCCCGAAGGUAGCACUGUUCAUAGCGGUGUUCUCACGAUACCGAAGGUCACGAAAGACGCCGUUGGUGAAUACGUUUGUUCGGGACUGAAUCAUCUCGGCGUGGAGCUCUUCAGAGCCAAAGCUCAUUUGGACGUAGUCUCUCUGCCAUCGAUCCAACUGAAUCCCAAUCGCCAAACCGUCGGACCCGGUGAAAGUCCAGCGAUUGUUUGUACCGCGACCGGUGAUCAACCCAUGACCCUUGAGUGGGAAGCGAUCGGUCGACCCCUACCGUCUUCGGUCACCCACGAUCGUGGUGUUCUACAGUUCCAUGGCAUUCAUUACACCGAUGCGGGCAAAUACGUGUGCAAGGCAACUAACAACGCUGGAACUGCUGACGCCGUUGCUGAAGUUCUUGUCAGUGAAAAUACUAUCGAGGACUCGGAUAUACGAGCCGUUGAGCGCGACAUAACAACAUCGGCGGGAAAUUCCGUGCGAUUGAGAUGCCUAGUGCAACAACGUUCGACGAUACACUGGACCAAAGACGGUCAUCCUUUGUCACGAAAUAUCCGAGUGGGCGACGAUUACAUCGAACUGGUGGCUGUCCAACCUGAGGAUUCCGGAAAGUACGUGUGCCAGACCCGAAACCCUCACGGAGUAUCGAGCGAUUAUAUUAACCUUCGUGUUGACGUAGUUAAUACGCUUGAGGAUUGCAUGCCAGUGUACCAAACGGUGCAAUGCGGACACGGGAUGUACCUAUGCAGAAGCCGAGAAUGCAUUUCGUUGGAUAACAUUUGCGACGGGUAUAUACACUGCCACGACGCAACUGACGAACGCUUCUGCCGAAUCUCGCGAUAUCGCCAAUAUCUUCAGCGACGACGCGGAAGUAUCAGUCCUGUCGUGUCCAUUGAACCCUCGCUGGACAUUGUUAACAUCGGCGAUAUGAUCGAUCUUCGUUGCACUUACACUGGAACCCAGAACCCCAGAUAUCGUUGGUCCAGACCGAAUCAUCCAUCUUUACCUGUAAACGCUCUCGAACACGGAAACGUACUUAGAAUAUCAAACAUCGAGCUCACCGAAACUGGCGUUUAUCGCUGCCACGCCGAUACUGCGGAGGGAACGUACGAACAGGACUUCAAUCUCAUUGUUCAAGGUGGAACGAACGACGCACCAGCUAUCGAAACAAAAUAUGUGCCUUAUGGUUCGAGUUUGGAAAUAGGCUGUCGAAAGGACCUUGAACAUCCUCUCAAGUUCCAAUGGAGCAAACUCGGCGGCAUGUUGCCUCCUGACGCCCAAAUGUUUGGCGACAAAUUGAAACUCGUCGAUGUCAAGUCCGAGGACGCGGGAACUUACAUUUGCACAGCGACUAACGGCGUUGAGAACUCAGAAGUACCAACUGUACUUGUCGUGACUGGCGUCGUGCCAAAUUUCAAUCAAGCACCGCAAAGUUGGAUCUCACUUCCACCGCUGCCUGAUUCCUAUCUCAAAUUCAACAUCGAAGUCUCCUUCAAACCCGAGAGGGACGAUGGUAUUAUUUUGUACAACGAUGAGAAAGCAGAUGGAACCGGUGAUUUCAUCUCGCUGUCCCUUGUUCGUGGAUACCCCGAAUUCAAAUUCGAUCUUGGUUCAGGGGUCUCCGUGAUAAGAGCUGAUCAGCCCUUAUCAUUGAGCGAAUGGCAUACGAUUAAAUUGCAGCGUACCCGUAAAGAGGGAACGAUGAUAGUGGACGGUGAGGGAAUUUACAAAGCUGUGAAUCCCGGAAGGAAACAAGGCUUGGAUCUCAAAGAGCCCCUCUACAUCGGUGGCGUGCCUGAUUAUUCGUCGAUCAAUUCUAAAGUCGAGAUGAACGCCGGUUUCGUCGGAUGUAUAAGCAAGCUUGUACUCGGUGAGAAAAAUGUUGAUCUCAUUGGCGAUCAAAGCGAUAGCGUUGGGGUAACGACUUGUGAGACCUGCGCCGAAAAUCCGUGCAACAACGCCGGUGUUUGUCAAGAGGCUUCUACCAAGAACGGCUACAAGUGCCUGUGUCGAGCAGGCUACUCUGGUAAACACUGCGACUCAACCGGAGAAUCCUGUUAUCCAGGUGCCUGUGGGGAUGGCAGUUGCGUCGACACUGAAUCUGGAUUUGAGUGUUACUGUGGCCAUGGAAGAUCCGGACCUCGUUGCGAAUACAUGACGGUGCAUAUGAAAGAACCGUCUAUUCGUAACAAUCGUGCAUACAUGUCGUAUCCAACCCCCUCUGCAGCCAGGCGGCUUAAGCUUUCGAUGAAUUUCAAACCGUCGGACAACGGGGAUGGAAUUUUGAUGUACUGCGCUCAGAGCGACGAGGGCCUCGGGGAUUUUGUGGCUCUUGUUAUUAAGGACAGAUACAUCGAAUUUCGUUACGACGUUGGCUCGGGAAUGGCCGUCGUACGCUCGAACUACAUCAUACAACCGGGCGUUUGGUCACACGUUAUGAUCAGCCGCGAUUUCAAGGAAGGCAAAAUAUCCAUAAAUGGCAAAUGGAUCAGUGAGAACAAAUCACCGGGAUCUGCUCGGACACUGAUCCUCAAUACCCCACUCUACAUCGGUGGCGUCGACAAAAGGAGAAUUGUGAUCAAUCGGAACGUCGGAGUCGAAAGAAACUUCCAUGGAUGCUUCAACGCUCUGGAAAUACCGACCAUCAACGUUAAUAUGCUGAAGGGAAUGAUCGACUCAGCAAACAUCGAAGAUUGUUCGACCGCACCAGUCCCAAUGAAUUCGACUUUCAUAAAUCCCAUUACGACUCAAGAGCCCACAAGACCAUCUACCAGUUCUUACGAUCCAUGUGAGAGGAGACCUUGCAUCAAUGGCUUGUGUCAGAGUACGAAUAAUCAUGAUUAUUCGUGCACUUGCGAAUACGGUUACGUAGGAAGAAACUGCGAGAAAGUAUUGAAGCAAUGUGAAUUGUUGAGUCCCUGCCAGAACGGUGGAUCUUGCAGUAACCUUCAUGGGUCAUACAAGUGUGAUUGUCAAUUAGGGUUCAAUGGAAAAAAUUGCGAAAAAAGCGUCGAAGUAACGUUUGAUGUGGCGUUCAGAGGCGAUGGUUGGCUCGAACUCGAUCGAUCGAUUAUGGUUCACGAGGAAGAACGUGAACUGCUCGGUUUUGAAAUAUCAACGAACAAGAGCAAUGGUUUGAUUAUGUGGCAUGGACAGACACCAAAUGACUUGAACCCUGACGAUUACAUCGCUGUUGCAGUCGUUGAUGGUUACGUCGAAUACCAGUACAAUUUGGGUUCUGGACCAGCGAUAAUGAGAGUUACAGCCCAGAGAGUUGACGAUGGUCAACGUCAUAGGAUAAUAAUGAAACGUCUUCGAAGCGAAGGAAAUAUCGAGCUGAAUGGUGAACAUACGGAAAGCGGUGUGAGCGACGGUUUACAACAGACGUUGAAUGUGCGAGGCAGUGUUUAUUUGGGCGGUGUACCGGACUGGUCAAUGACCUAUGGAAAAUAUCGCGAAGGAUUUUCCGGUUGUAUUUACGCGAUGGAAGUUCAAGAUUCAGGCUCGAUCGAUAUGGGGGCGAAAGCGAUUAGAGGCAAAAACGUUUCGCCCUGCACACGAGCGAGAUGGAUCCCAUCGUCGUUAGUGUUUACAGACGCCGAUGCCGAAGGUUUCGAUGACUUUGUGCCGCCACCGCCGGUAAACAUAAUCCAUCCAAAACCUACAGUCAAUAUAGCUACGAAAAAUAUAAAAAGUCUUUAUCUCUUAGUUGUUGUACAUAAUACCAUAAGUUUUUCGAUCGAUGAGAGACCUCAGAAUCUAUUCCACACGGUGUUUUGCAUCGGUCUUGUGAGUCUCGCGAAAAGUUAUUUUGUUUGAUUUACGAUGAGAAAACUCAUUGUCGCAAUACCUCCGAUAAAAUAACUAUUGUAUACACAUAUUUAUGUACAUACAUGCAUAAUAAUGCUAAUAUGAUAAUGACGAAUCUGCGGGACGCUCUGUCGAUAAAUGAAAGUAAAAAGCAUUUAAAUUAUACGGACUUGGCAGAAAAUAAUCUCGUUAUUCAGAGUGAAUUAUUCUCAUGUAGAUACAUUAAUAUUAUUGAAUUUUUCCGUGGUGCUACAAUAGAUUGAGCUUCCCGUAAGAUACGUCCGAUUAUCCGCUGUUGAACUAAUGAUCAUUUUGUACAUUAUUUAAUAUACGCUUACGAAUAAUGGAUAAUCGCAUUUUUUUGUUGCGGGACGAAAAUGACGUAUCGGGUCCCCUUCGUGGUCCAACUCGAGGGGAUAUUUGAGAAUUUUACACGCGAAGCUCGAGAGUGCCUGAGAGCUGGACGAGCGAAUCGACUCGAGGUUCUUCAAUUUUGCCCUCAUUGUGACAUGACAGAAAUUGCGUGUCUUGGCUUUUUAUUGAUGGGUCAUGACAUUAUUCAACGUCUUUAACAUUCAUCAGAAUUUUGAAGGAAAAAUAUCGAUCAUUCAUUUGACGGCAAUAGGCACAAAACUCUUUCGCGUGUAUUCAAUACAUACGCACAUAUAUCUCUGCAUAUGAGCGUUUUUCAAAAUAACUUUGGGUAGUUCAUAUUUUUUGCAAUCAAUCUAUAAGCAGUCAAUCAAAUAUUAUCGAAAAACCAGAACAUCAGGUAUGCAUAAGGGUUUUCAUAAGUUUUUCGUUCUCUUUCAACUUUUACUACAACAUAUAGAGAUAUUUACUUGACAAUACCUCCCGUGUAAAAUAAGCUUUGAGAAGAAUUUCGACGAAAGUAAGGCCUACCAGCAAGAACGAUAUUUCUCGUUGCUGUUCAGCUAAGUUUUCUGAAUUUUCAAUGUGGUCAUGAGCUUGCGCUUAAAACAAAAGUUUUUUAUUAGUGUUUGAGAAUCAAUCUCGAUCGCAAACGUUGAAAACUUGUUUUUCCAAGUACCACUUUCCUAUUAAAAUUCAAUCCAAUUCCAAUAAAAACGUUUCCGAAACGAGGAGUUAAAGUGAAAGUUGAUAUUGGGGCCCUUAUAUAUAUACAUGUAUAGAGAUGCAAUGCGCGUGCUCUUCAACUACGUGAUUGUAUGAAUAUCGCAUUUUUAUAAUGUUCAAAAAUUGACAUAAUCGUUUUCUACCGCUUCAUUUAUAAGGAAUAUACAGUUGUUUAUCUCGCAUGUUUGCUAAGGAUGAUUUAUCAUGGAUUGGCAAAUAACACUACCGAAUGCCCGAAGAUUCACAAAAUAUUACAUGAUUUACGUUAGUAUUUUAUAUUCAACUUUUAUUGCAUUUUCUUUUGCUUUAUACAAACAUAUAUACAUGCUCGUUCUUGUCGAAUUUCGAACGACUAUUCGUAUGAAGCUUCGAGUCAGGAGAAUGAAAAAUUAAAAUUUUCUUUCACUGCCAAUAUGAUUUGUUUCGUAAUUAUUCCAAAUGUAAAGUCAGGCGCAACGUUCUUCCGCGAAAUAGAAAAUAAAAAAGGUUUUACGCGUACUUAACACCCGUUGUUAUCGAAUGGAAACAGGAGGUGCUCGAUUAGUCAGCAAUGUACAUUGAUAGAUACGACAAAGAGAGAAAGAGAAAGAGAGAAUAAAAUCACGGUUGUUACAAAGGUACGAAUGCUUCUGUAUGUUGGUGCAAAAGUUACUGCAACGAGGUAUCUUUAAUACGUAAUGUAAUCCAUGAAACUGUGAAAGUAUGAAUAUAUAUUUAAUAUAUAAAUAUAUAUGCAUAUUAUAUAAUAACUCAAAAUGAAAGUGUAGUCCGUACUGUUACAUUUUAAAUUCUUCGAAAAGAAAUGAGACAAUAAAUAUAGUUUUGAUAAAUAAAAA